AUCACUUUACAAUUGGUGGUGCAGUUUUCCUAUAAAAUUAGAUGCACUUGGUGGUGCAGUUUUCCUAUAAAAUUAGAUGCACCGGAAUCUGUAUAGCUUCCCUGACUCAUGAUUAGAAAUUCACUUGGACUGGAAGAAAAACUCUCAGCUUGUCUACCUUCCUGUGGACAUGCGUAACUGUUGAUCAUUCUUGCCACACCCAAUGCUCUUCAGCACUAUCUGCCGCCCUUGAAGGUUCAUAGAAGUGCCAAGAUUGCUCUCUUUGGCAUAAAAUCUGUGUUUGAAUCAUAGGAUGUACCAAAGUGAUUGGUCUCUCUUUGUCACAUUUAUCAAGUCCUCACAAACCCUAACAAAGAUUUUGGUCUUCUACGAAGUCUCUGUGAUACCAUCAAAUCAAAUUCGUAGUUCUUCACUUUGGGUUUAGUCUAAACAUGGCGGAAGUUCAAGCUCUCGUCAAUGAACUCGCCACCAAGCUCCGGAAACGGAAGGUGGAGGGUUCACGAGAGACUGCUCGGCUGACGGCGGAGUUGUUACGGACGGUAAUAUCCCAGCAGAGGGUGACUUCAGCCGCCCUUGUUGAGGUCGUCAGAGAUGUUGGUCAGCAGCUUAUUGCUGCUAACCCUGUUGAGCUUGCUGUUGGGAACAUUGUGAGGCGUGUUCUGCGCAUCAUUAGGGAUGGGGAUCUUUCACCGGAAGUUGGAGGAUUGACUUUAGUCUCCCAGGGUGAUGAUGGAGAUAUUGUUGAGGAAGAUGAUAAACCAUUUCUAUUAUCUGAUGCUAUUUCCCAAACAAUUCUCCAUCCACCUUCCUUGGUUGCACAGCUUGAAAGCAAACCCAACUUGGUUUGCCACUUUGAGGGAAAAGCAGCAGAUAAAACUCCGAGUAGCUGGCAAUUUAAACACCAGAUCAUUGAGGGAGUUAAUGAUCUCAUUGAGGAUAUAAAUACUUGCCAUGAACUGAUCGCAGACCAGUCGUUGGAGCUUAUACAUCAAAAUGAGGUGAUACUAACCUUAGGUCACUCGAGGACUGUCAAGAAGUUCCUCUAUGCUGCAAAGGAGAAGAAAAGAUCUUUCCAGGUCUAUGUAGCCGAGGGUGCUCCUAAGCAUUUGGGGCAUGUGCUUGCAAACGAGUUAACUGAAAAGCAUUUGCAAACAACCGUCAUCCCUGACUCUUCAGUGUUUGCCAUGAUUUCAAGAGUUAACAUGGUCAUAGUCGGGGUUCAUGCUGUGAUGGCCAAUGGUGGGGUCAUAGCCCCUGUUGGGAUGAAUAUGGUUGCACUUGCUGCAAAAAGGCAUGCUGUUCCAUUUGUUGUGGUUGGUGGCACUCAUAAGUUAUGUCCACUGUUUCCUAACAAUCCAGAGGUUUUGCUGAAUGAUAUGAGAUGUCCAUCUGAGCUAUUAUCUUUUGGGGACUUCUCAGAUUGCAUGGAUUUUAGUGUUGGCAGUGGAGCUGCUCUUUUGCAUGUUGUUAAUCCUGCAUUUGAUUAUGUGCCACCCGAGCUAGUCAGUCUUUUUGUUACUGAAAUAGGGGGUUAUCAUCCAUCAUACAUCUACAGGCUCAUUUCGGAUUAUUACUCUGCUGACGAUAUAGUUCUGCAACAAAAACCUGCUUCCUGAAAUUGAAUUCUCUAACUCCAUAAAGGAGCUAUUUCUGUACUUUUUCAAAUACUAUGUAACAUCAGAAUGUUAGUCAUUGCAGUCCUUAUACAUAUUCAAGUAUCACAAAGUUUUUGCUAUUUUCUACUCUUUAGAUCAAGCACAGAUAUUUGAACUAAAGAACAGAGGAAGUUCAAGUGCAGCCAGCACAUAAGCAAAACUGAACAAGAAAUGUAGUACUUUACUUGUUAGAUCACUUUGAGAUAGCACAAGCAAGAGCAGUAGCGAUGUGAGUAAUCGUGUGCUUGACAUUUACAGAUUCAGAUCAAUGUUGGCUAAUUUCACAUUCUCACAUGGCAAUCCACUACUGCACAUCUUGACAACAAGUAGAGUUGCAGAUGAGCCCUUAAUGUUCUUGGAGCUGACAUUGCUGAUCUUAACUUACUGUGGAAUGCUUAUGCUGCAAAGAUUGUAUAGGCAGUAUCAAUGAAUGAUAGGUUUGAAAUUGAAUGUGAAUGUUCCCGUAGAGGCAAAGCACUUGAUAGCAUUGUAUUAACAAAAAGUUGAAUUUUUGAAUACGAACAACAGCAUACAAUAUUUACCAACGAUCAGUUAGAAGAAGAGCGAACUGGAAGAUA